AUGUCGAUCCCGAAAUCCUUUCCAACCUUUGAGGAAAUCGAAAACAAUAGUCCGCGGUACUCAGCAUGGGGAAUUUGGGAGAAUCCUCAGUUGGGGGCUCUCAACUACCUUUCGGACAGUGUGGUUCUAAAAACCGCAAAGCAGGAAAUUCAGACUGGCACCCGAGUCGGAUUGAACUUGCCUCUUGAUUUUGUCGACCCCCCGCUGCUUGGCCGCCGAGGUUUUGAGCGCCAUAUUAUUAACAAGGCACCGCGGGUGAUAAAUGAUGACGUUAUUACAUUCAACACACAAGGGAGUAGCCAGUGGGACAGCUUUCGCCACUUUGCCUACCAAGAUGAGGCCAAGUUCUACAACAAUGUAACCCAAAGCGAUAUACACGAUGAUCCCAACAGUGGGGUCAAUGGCAUGGAAGCGUGGUCGGCCUCAGGAAUUGCCGGGAGAGGCGUCUUGAUCGAUUACUACGCUUGGGCUCGGCAAAAGGGUAUCCACUAUGAUCCGUUGAAGACUCAUGCGAUCAGGUUGAGUGAAAUCAAAGAAAUCAUAAAAGAAUCCAACAUCGAGCUCCACAGGGGCGAUAUUUUUAUGCUUCGGACCGGAUUCGUUGAUGCAUAUUCCACGCUGGACAAGAGUACUAGAGAGAGCUACUGUUCAAGUCACGCUUUUCCCGGGCUGGAGCAAUCUCGUGAGGUGGUGAGGUGGUUGUGGGAGCAACAGUUUGCCGCCGUCGCGGCAGAUAGUCCUGCAUUCGAAUCCAGCGCGGAUCCAGAGUUCGGUAUGUUACAUCCAAUCCUCCUUUCGGGCUGGGGGACGACGAUUGGAGAGCUGUUUGAUUUGCGAGGUCUGUCAAAGGAGUGUGAAAGGCUGGGUCGAUGGUCCUUUUUUCUGGCUUCUUCUCCGCUGGUAUAUACGGGUGUCGUAGCGUCGCCACCCAACAUCAUGGCAAUCUUGUAG